UCAAACAAGAUAUACAAUGUUCUUUUGUUUAGAGACUAUAGGACAGUAUAGGAUAGGAAAGUCAGAUUUUCAGGACGGGAAGUGUUCGGAUGAUGAAGGAGCUGAUUAUUUUUAUCCUUGCUUUUCAAAUAGUUUUCUUUAUAGCAGAAGCCGAGAGCCAGAAGUUACCGAGGCACUAUGAAGAAACACUUCUCAGUAAAAUUAAGCAUAGUGUAAGUCCAGGGGAAAUAACUUUUAUUGAAAAAUUCAACACCUUGAAGGACUUUUAUCCAGAUGGUGGGAUACAUCACGUCCUACGGAAACGUAACGCAGCCCAAGCUAUGAUGGAUAUGGAUGGUACUGGGUCGGUGUCCCGUCGUCGUAAAACGAAGAAACGACGACGACGAAAACAAAAAGAUCCGUUAAUUGAAGCCACGUUAGAACCACGCAAUGAAAUUUCCGAAAGGCCCGUACUUCGAGAAGGAGGACGACGAAGAACAAGAGUAGAAGCUUCAAAUGGACUGUUAAGGGCAAAAGAACUCCAGGCAAACUAUAUCAAAACAGACAAUAUGAGAGCAAAUAGAUUACAAGCUGACAUGAUAAAGGCUGAUAUGAUAAAAGCUCAAGAUGUUGUGGUGACUUCAAAGAGAAGAAAAUCGAGACGGAGGCCAAGUUUUGGAGAAUUGGUCGAUCCAGGUAUUGGAAUCGAGCGAAUCAAUUCUUUAACAGAUGGUCCUAAUUUCGAUCAAAACAAUAUGGACCUUUUAAACAAAAAUGAGAAUAGUCAGUUCGAGUCAAGAUCAAUAUCACAGGAACCGUCGCUAUUCGAUUCACAAUUUCCUCAAAAACAAAGUAUCGCCGAUAAUUCAAAACUAUUCCAAGAACAAAGAAUCGCCGAUAAUUCUCAACUGUUUCAAGAACAAAGUAUCGCCGAUAAUUCACAAUUAUUUAAACAACAGAAUAUCGACGAGUUUUCUCCAGACCAGGGGACUAAAAUUAAAAAUAAACGCAGACUUAGCCAAUCUAAUACGCUGUCUUCUAUUCAGCAAACAGAAGCAUUACCCGAAUUUAGCUCUUCUCAUGUUUUGAAUAAAAUUCCUAAAUUAAGUGAAUUUAUAACUGAUUAUUCUCCGUAUGUACAGAAAAGAAUUCAUCCAAAUUUUAAACAACAGGACACGUUUGUAAGAGGAGCACCGCCGCCGCUCACUUCGUCGGGCUACAAUGAAUUUACCAACAUGGAGGCCCAAAAUUUUGGAAUAGGAGAAAACACUGACCAGACACUCGACAAUACAGUCAAAACAUAUAUGAAAGACCCUAAAACUACUGGUCCCUGGUUUUUCUAAUUUGACUAAUGAGCUUUAAAGUUGCUGAUUGAACACUUUUGCAUUGGAUACUUACUAGCUUUUAAUAGUUAUCAUCUAUCACAAAUUAUAAUUCUAGGAGAUAUAAAUAUAGGUUUUUUUGGAAAGCAAUUUGAUUUUGGCGAAUAUUCUAGAUUUACUACACGGUGCAAGAGUUAGGCCGUGUUCACAUUGACCUAAAUUCGGUGUUGUGUUAGUGUAACUCACACGUAAACUAAACACAAUUGCGUUCCCAUUGAUAAAACUCAAUGUUUACAUGUAGUUUAAAUCAUGUUUAAUCUACACACAGUCGAUAGUCAAUGUAGGCCUUGUGUAGGUUAAGUGUACACAAAACUAGGCAUUUAGGACAUUAGUUUUACCGUGUAUGUAUUUAAGGAGGAAAGUAUUUUUGAGUAAAAUUGAUAUUUUUGAUAAUUAUCAGUAUAGUUCUUUACAGAAAUUGUUGUCUAAAUUUUACAGUUUUUUUUUGUUAAAAAAAAUUCACGUACUUUAUUAACCCCUGAUCAAGACUCAAAGCAGCAUCAUUGUCGAACCCAUAAGGCAGCAACAAAUUGAUUUUCG